AUGGUGAAAGCAUCCCCAAAUGAUAAAGCUAUGGCCAAAAAAGAAACUACAGAGAUCGAGAUUGUAAGUAUGAGCUAUGAGUGUGUACAUGUGUAAUUUAUCGUUUUUACUUAAAAAGAAUUCAACUACAGUGAUUUAAUAUCAAGUAUUGUUAAUUCAUUUUAGUGGCACAAUGACAUUAAUUUGAUGACCGUAAAUGCACCACCAAAAGAGCCAUCAAAAUGUGCAAUCAAAUUAUUGGACUUCCUAUUUUCAUCGGAAGAGCUCCAGGAUGGAAUACUAUUCCAGUCGAAAAGAUCUCCAAAACCAGCACCAGAUCCCAACAUGGUCACUAAAUUGUUUGGUAAGAAUAAUAUAUGUGAUUUGACUUCAAGAAAAAUUAACUGGCCAGCUGUGAACAGAUAUAUACAAACUUAAGACUAAGUUGCCACAGUAUGUGUUAAUUAAAAGUACUAUAGUUUUCUUUGCCAAUGGCAAUGUGUUUUGGGUAAACAUUGAAAUGAACUUAAAUACACAAAAUAGACUUACUUUAACACAGUCUUUUUUUACGAUAUAGCUGUCCUCAACGCCAAGUAUGGCGAAGAAAAAGUACAGAGAACAGUAAACACGCCAAAUUAUCGUGGAUGCGUGCAAUCAAAAUUCAAAAGUGCCGCGAUAUGCGAAGAAAAACAAAAUCGAAGAACUUGCAAUAACAAUGGUGUCAAUGCUAAUAUAAUUCAUGAAGUAAAGUAUGAAACAACCUCCGAAUAAAAGUUCCAUCUUGAAACUCAAUUCUUUAGAACAACAUUAUUAAGAACAGACAAGAUUCCUUUUGUUUUCUCUCAAAUAUUGAGCAAGGUGGAACUUUCAUUCGGACUUUAUUUCAAUCGCCAUAGAUAUUGAUAAUAUUUUACCAACAUUAUUGGUCUAAUUUACUACAUUUACUAUGCAAACUAAACCGGGUAAAAGCUUGAGUAUUAUAAUUUGGAUGAACUAAUUUAUUACAAUUUAAUAAAGACCGACACUGAAUUUAUGGCAAUAUUGUACACUUUUACGUUAGUUUGAUAAAUUCAAUCAAAGUUAUAUCCAGAGUAUAGUAUAUUUCAUGUAGAGCCUCUUCAUUCUGUAUUUGCCAUGUAUUCUUGCCACAAACGUGGUAAAAUCUUGUAUGGUCAUGGCAAGAUCUGGCUGGAUUUUGGUAAGAUAUUGAAGGAUCAUGGCAAGAUCUCGGAGGAUUUUUG